UUCGUCCUUGUGGAAGAACCCAUCACAAGAAAAACAGCAAUAAGCCGACAAUACAUAAAAGUAAAGUAGUACAUAAAAACUUUGCGUGAAAUAAUAUGCUGAAUUACUAUCUUAAUUGAAGUGUGGUGGCGCAUGCUGUGGAGGUGAGAUUAGUGUGUGCCGCACGGCAUUUCAUGUGUAUUCAUUAUUUAUGUAUGUAUAAUUUCGAAAUUAUAACACUACCAAUCAAUGGAAUAUUUAGUGUGAUGGUGGUGAAAUUGGUGUAGCACGAGUGGAGAAAGUAGGGCAGAUCGAUUAUUAUCUCAAGCAAAGCCAUGAGAAAUUUCAGUGCUUCUGGAAAGUGUCGAGUUCAGUUUGUGCCCAAGAAUGGUAAAUUGUUGGGACACGUGUACUUAAAUGUGUACUUAAAUGUGUGCCCAGAAUAGGUGAGCAAUAGGCGGAUUAUUACCGACGUAGUUUAACGAGUGGAGGAAAAUCAAUGUAAUUUGUAAGAAUUAUAUAUCAGCAUUUCUUCUUAUAUUAAUCUUUUUGAGUGAAAUGCACGUACAAAUUCCACCCAUUCGGUAUUCAAUAUUAUCUGGAUUUUGUCGGCAGCAGGAGCCGUGAUUUAUUUAUUUUGUAUAAGGAUUAAACGAGCCUGGUGGAUAUUGAGAGAUAGACGUUAUCACCCAGACCCAGACGAUAAGCGAUGCUACAAACACACGAUACAGGGUCGAAGAUUAUGUAAUAAAUUUAAUAAUAAGAUUAUUGAUCGUUGUUCAUGCUUGCCUGCGUCCCAGGCCAAUUUCAUAACAAGUAAAUACAUAUUUAGAGAAGGCAUAACUUGGUUUUUGGGUGAAUUUCAUUGAUUACAGUUAUUUGAUCGUGGUAGUGCAAAUCUUGAAUUCCUUUGCGCAGAAUUGGACGAGGACCUUCGAUCUCGGAUGGUGUGCGACCUUGUGCGAAUAUAGCGAAUAGUAACGCACGGCCGAAAUAAUCAAUGUUUGAGUGAGUGCGAUGGUGGAGGACGACCUCUUCACAACAUUGACUCCUGACUACUUUAUCUGACCAACGAAGCUUUCUACCAAGUUACAUAACUAACUAAAAGUGAUGGUCUAGUUUGUCAGUGGUGUGUGAAUCAGAAUAAUUUUCGUGGUGUUUCCUCAACUUAAGACACGACAAGCGUACAAACAACAUCGCGUAAGAAGUGCCGAUAAAAAGAGAACCAAUAUUCCUUCAUCUGUAUUCGCCUUGAACACAUCACACACAGCGAUGUAGGCGAUGACUUAUUUACACCAAGGAAUAAAGUGAAGGUGGUCAUAAUCUGAGUUUUUUGAAAAUUUUCUAAAAUACAUACGUGUCAGAGAGUGCGAUUCAUUUGUGUGUGAUGGGUCUCUUAGAAUAUUGAGCGACAAAGUGAUUUUUGUGACUUGCACAUCUAUGGCAAUGACGAAUAUGAAGAGAAUAUGAAGGGUGAUGAUUAAUAACUGAUUUUUGAGACGCAGCGCGACUGGUCUACAUACAUAUUUCUUCAAGAUGUGGUGGCUGAUAGAAGCGUGGAGUUGGUGGAUUAUUGCGGCCUUUUUGGUCGUAACGACCAUCGCCCUCCUCUACGAAACAUCACACACGUUCCGAUAUUUCGCAAAGUUUGCAAUGUAUGUCAUCAUGUGUUCCUUAACUGGCAUGAUCAUCAUUCCACUCUCAUUACGGAAACCGAAAGAGGUGUCCAAUGUGCUGUACGGAGUCCCUGUGGUGAGGCUCGUAUGUCCCAUGGUGGGGAUAAAAUGGGAAAUCACAGGGUCGGAGCACUUGGCUAAACAGAUCUCUGCCGUGGUCGUGUCAAACCACCAAAGCGCGUGGGAUUUCAUGGUGAUUUGCGAGUUGUGGUCGACCAUGAAACGAUGCGCCUGUGUGGCUAAAAGAGCCAUUAUGUGGGUCUUUCCUUUCGGCUUGGCCUCCUGGAUGUGCGGCACGGUCUUCAUCGAUCGGAGCAAUGCUGCCGACAGUCGGACAAAGAUCAGCGCCACGGCUGAAGAAAUAAAAAACAACAAGACGAAAAUGUGGAUAUUCCCUGAAGGGACACGAUCUAAACGGGCAGAGCUGCUGCCCUUCAAGAAGGGGGCGUUCCACAUUGCUGCCCAGCAUAAGCUCCCCAUCAUCCCUGUCGUCAUCUCCCCCUACACAUUCAUUAACGACGAGAAAAGGAUCUUCAACUCGGGCAAAGUCCUCGUGACGGUGAUGCCCCCAAUAGAAACUGAGAACUGCGAGGACGUGUCCAAGUUGACGGAAGACGUUCGCGACCUCAUGAACAAGGAGUACAUUCGUCUCACCGCCCUUGUGGCGAAAGAAGCAGGGCCCAAAGCAGUCAAUGGGCACAGUCCUCCGGCCCCCGUCGCAUUUGAAAAUGGGAAAAGAAGAUCAUAACCGCCACUGCGCUCCAUAAUUAGUUUAGUAACAAAGAAAACACUCCCACAAUUGAAAUGUAUAUCUACUUUAUAGACAACUGCAAUAGAACACUUUAUAUUUGUGCAACCCUCUGAAUAAUAUAUUACACACGUAGAUAAGUGGGUGUCAGGUUGGUUACUGUAAUGCGUAUGACUGUGUGUGUGACCAAGUAUGGUGGAAACUCAGGUUGUUGAUGGCAUAAACUUGGAAAUUGAAGAAUAAUGAGUGCGUAAGAAUAUAAAUUAAUUGGUUAGCAUUUAACUGUUUCCAGUACUUAUUAAUACAUAAUCUCAAUUUUGUUUAGUUAUUAGAGUAGCGUUUGUCGUUAUGUGGUUUGGUUUGUGAAUUCAGGAAAGACGGGAAAUAUGUUUAGGGCCCUUUGUUACCCUUUGGUGACCCUUUGUUACUGAUAUUAAUUAACAGCAGCUAAGGCGUCCUAGAUAUUUGUUUGUUACCAAUUGAUCGUUGUAUGGCGUGCAGUGUGAAACGUGAUGUGAUUAGUGUUCAAAAUAUAUCUAUUAAGAAAAUAUGUAUAGAUACCACAACACUGAAGAUGAUUGACUGAAAAUUGAUUCUAGAAUUUCUUUUUUUUGUAGUCAUUAAAAUUAAUAAACUGAAAGAACUGAGCACUGUAA